AUGGCGGGUGAUAAGAUGUCCACUUACGCGCCUCAUAUGGCGAAGAAUCUCUCCAUGGAGACAAUGGACGUAUCCUCUGCAAAGUGGAUCACACUCAAAAAAAUCCAAUACCUCGACCCACAGGGGAAACAGCGGGUAUGGGAAUCCGCAGAGCGUCAGACCAGACCAGCCAACAGCGAGACCGACGCAGUCGGCGUGGUCGCCGUGCUGAGGGACCCCAGCCCUACGGGGAAGGGGAAAGAAACCUCAGACUCAGCUUCACCCUCAAAUUCAGGCCCCCGCCUGCUCCUGCAGAAACAGUUCCGCCCCGCGCUGGGCAAAGUGACGAUCGAGUCGCCGUCGGGAUUGGUCGACGAGGGGGAAACGCCCGCCGAGGCCGCAAUUCGCGAAUUGAGAGAGGAAACCGGGUACGUGGGCACCAUCCCCGACGACGCUACAGCCGCGGCGGAGGGCUUCGUCAUGUGGAACGACCCGGGGUUUUGCAACACCAACACCAAGAUGAUUUUCGUGGACGUCGACUUGUCGGAUCCGCGCAAUCGGGAUCCCAAGCCCGAGUUGGAGGAGGGCGAGUUCAUCGAGUCGUUCACCCUGCCGUUGGACAGGCUGUGGCAGGAGUUGAACAGGCUGGAUGGCGAGGGGUAUGCUAUUGAUGCGAGGGUGGGAGGGUUGGCGCAGGGGAUGGAGAUGGCGAGGCAGUGGAGGGACGCGCUGGGGAAGGAAGGAGAUGGCUCGAAGAGGGGGUGA